AUGGCCAAGUUUUCCUCUCUCUACAUAUGUUGCUCCCUAAUUUUCAGCAUCCAAUUGCUUUUUCUCUCUCUACAAACACACGGCGCCGCGGUGGACGACGUGUGCCGUCAAACCGUCGACCCGCCGUUCUGCCAACAAUGUUUCAACAUCGAUCCGCGCAGCGCGACGGCGGCAUCCCCGAUGCUGGGGGAGAUCGCGGUCCAAUGGGCGGCGUACUACGGCGGCAACACCAAAAUCGACAUGCACGAAGCCAUGAUGCGUGCGGCGGACCCGGCCGUUAAGAACCAAUACAGCCGGUGCAUCGAUCUCUACCAGACCGCGCUUGAGCAUUUCCAGGCGGCCCCCGGCGAAUUGAGUUCAAAGGCGUGGGCGGUACUCAGGAAGAAUGCCGAGUCGAUCCGCGCCGGAGUCGACGCGUGCGAGGCGGUUUUUAAUCAUAAUGCACCGGCCGAGGUCGCGAAUACGGAUAGACUCGUUGGGAUCUUUGCCGACGCCCUGGCGAUUAUUGCUCGCUCUUUCGGUGGUUGA